GCGCAGCUCAGGUUGCCUGGAUACCUCACGCCACAAGCGCGCGCGCUCUUGGGCUGAGGGCGGUUGGGCCUCAGUUCCCCCAGGAGCAGGCGGAGGAGCCGGUGAGAAGCGGAGCGGAGCUCGGAGUGCGGCCUCUGCGCUGACUCCUGUCUCUCCUCCCCGCAGCACACCGGACGCCUGAGCGCCGGUGCGGUCUGCCAAGAGCGAUGCCGCUGCCCGACACCAUGUUCUGCGCGCAGCAGAUCCACAUUCCCCCGGAGCUGCCCGACAUCCUGAAGCAGUUCACCAAAGCUGCCAUCCGCACGCAGCCGGUGGACGUUCUGCAGUGGUCAGCGGGGUACUUUUCAGCCCUGUCCAGAGGAGACCCACUUCCUGUAAAGGACAGACUUGAAAUACCUGUGGCCACUCAGAAGACCGACACAGGCCUGACCCAGGGGCUCCUGAAAGUCCUGCACAAGCAGUGCAGCCACAAACAAUACAUGGAAUUACCCGAUCUUGAGAAGAAGUGGAAGAAUUUGUGCCUGCCGGUAGAGAAGUUCAGAGCUCUCCUGGAGCUGGACCCGUGUGAAGACAACAAGAUCGAGUGGAUCAAGUUUCUAGCGCUUGGCUGCAGCUCCCUGGGUGGCACACUGAACACCGCCAUGAAGAAUAUCUGUGAGAUCCUCACUGCUGACCCAGAGGGUGGGCCUGCUCAGAUUCCAUUUGAUACUUUUUCCUACAUCUACCAGUACUUGAGUUCGCUGGACCCAGAACUCUUGGCCUCAGAGACGCAGACCUAUCUUGCCACUUUAAGAGAGAAGUCUGAAUCUAGGAAGAAUGGCAUGAUAGGACUUUCGGACUUCUAUGUUGCAAAAAAGACAGUAUAGGAAGCCUUGGCGAGAAAGCUCUGAAGACCAUUAAUACAGAGGAGAGCACAUUUAAUGUAGUGCCUUUGAAAACCCU